AUGGGCUUAUGGAAUAAUGCUCCUCCCGAGCCUCGGACUCGUCGCGGGAAUUGGCCGACUCUCCUGUUCAGCUGGUGGUGUACUGGUUUCGCUGUCGUUAUCAUUCUCACGCGCCUGGCUGGAAGAAAGAUUCGAAGCGGCAGACUGUUCCAGGAGGACAGGGUCAUGGCCCUGAGCCUGAUACCUCUGCUUGCGCGCAUGGGUCUCGUUCAUGUCAUUCUAAUGUAUGGAACCAACAAUGUCCAAGCGGCCCAUCUCACAGACUAUGAAAUAUACCUUCGUCAGAUCGGCUCGAAACUGGUCCUCGCAUCGCGAAUCAACUACGCUCUCUUCAUCUGGAUAAGCAAAUUCACUGUAUCGGAGUUUCUGAAGCGAAUCACAAGUGCCAUCUGGAGACGAAGUUAUGAGAUUGUCCUUCGCUGUAUACGCAUCUUUCUUGUCGCAACAUUCAUCGCAGUAGUAAUAGCCACUCUUGCUGAGUGUCAACCGUUCGACCAUUAUUGGCAAGUCGUGCCAGAUCCCGGCCCUCAGUGCAGACAGGGCUAUGCACAACUCAUUACCAUGGGUACAGCCGACAUGAUUACCGAUGUACUGCUUGUCGCCUUUCCUAUCCCUAUCGUCAUCCGCUCGCAAAUAAAUCUGAAGCGCAAACUUUCCCUCGUCUGUCUAUUCAGCUUCUCCAUCGCCCUCAUCGUCAUCACGGGCUUCCGCAUGCCUAAUGUUAUCAACCACCAUGGCCGUCAACAAUAUCGCACCGUCUGGGCCUCUGCCGAAAUCCUUGCCUCAGCUGCAGUAUCCAAUGCUGUCAUCUUAGGUACCUUUGUCAAGGACCGGGGCGUCAAGAAAAAUAAAUACAAGCCUGAGGGUACGCUGGACACAAUCUCACGCGCAGACACUCGUCGUGCUACUAUUGCUUCAAUCCACCGCGAUAGCGAGGAAGCUCUGUUCAGGCAGAUGGGAGUCCGCAUGCCUGCAGAGCUCUGCGAUCCCGAGUCUCCAAUGCCCAGGCCUGCGCCGGUCGCUCUCCCCCCUGGCAAUCUUCGGAAGCCGGCUUAUCACCACGACCUCUUGAUGUCGCCCGCCGAUGCCAGUGAUACACCUCCUAGCCCACACGACAGCGCUGACGCUCUGCGCAAGCCUUCCUCUACCGCUCCAUCGACAGGAACAGGCCAGAGCCUCUCAUUCUUCGAUGUCGGCGGUCUGCUCGGUAGCAACGAGCCUCGACAUGCCUCCUCCGGUACCGUGGCUCAGGACUUUGCUUUGUCCUCACCUCGUACACCUGGAGAAUCCAGGCAGACUCAAGAUAUACUGUCAAAUCCUGGUGGGAGAUUGACUUUGGUGCGGACACGAUCUCGUCGAGCCUCGGGCAAUCGAGAGCGAUCACGAUCGCGACCGGCACAAAACAGAGACGAUAGUAUCUCGAGGCCUGUUUCACAGCCUCAACCUCAGCGAGAAGACAGCAAUGCAUUGAGCUUGCAAGAUGCGGGUGGUCUUCUCGGAGGCAUUCAGCCUAGGCUGAACAGGCUUGACCAAGAACCUAUAUCGCCCACGACGCGAGCGCCGCCUUCGGCUUUACCGCCGUCUCCUCGAGCGCCUUUGUUGCCGCUGACCGUUCAGCAUAAGGGUAACAGCGACGACAUGGUCCUUGAAGAUGUAGGCGGUUUACUAAGGUAA